CCUUGUUGACGUACAACACUCACAAGCGAUGACGUUUUGCCCAACUCUGCAGCAGCUGGUAAGCGAUUGUAUACGGGGUGAAAAAGAAAACACGGCUUAUUAAACACUGAAAUCGACGCUAAAGACAGAGGAAAUUGCUUAAAACCACAGCUGGCGUGUUACAAAAGGGCUGUGCAAUGUGCUCGGGACUGUAAAUGUGCAAACAGCCAUUGUGUUCGCUGAGCGAGGCAGCCUGAUUCGCCGAUCCCUUUGUGCCGAGAAUGGUUUGUUUGUGUUGACUAGCGAGAGAGCAGUCCGUGGGUCUCGGGUCCACUGCAAUGCUUAGGGGAGCCAAUUAGUUUUGUUUCGCGGCGAAGAAAAGAUAACGUGGUUUGUCUUAAACAAUAUAUAAAAGAGAGAGACGGAUAAAUACAAGAGGGGUCGAAGAGGAGAUGGGCAAUUGUCUGAAAUCUCCGACCUCGGACGAUAUCUCCUUACUGCAUGAAUCCCAGUCUGACAGAGCUAGCUAUGGUGAUGGGACGGACCCCGACCAAGAGCCACCGCCGCCAUAUCAGGAGCAGGUGCAGGUGCCGGUGUACCACCCAACACCAAGCCAAACCCGCCUAGCCACCCAGCUGACCGAGGAGGAGCAGGUGAGGAUCGCACAGAGGAUCGGCCUCAUCCAGCACCUACCCAAGGGGGUGUACGACGCCGGCAGAGACGGGUCAGAGAAGAAGAUCCGAGAGUGUGUGAUCUGCAUGAUGGACUUUGUGUACGGAGACCCCAUCCGGUUCCUGCCCUGCAUGCACAUCUACCACAUGGACUGUAUAGACGACUGGCUCAUGAGAUCCUUCACAUGCCCUUCCUGCAUGGAGCCUGUGGACGCAGCACUGCUCUCCUCCUAUGAGACCAACUGACCGUCCGUCCCUCCCUCCCUCACCCACCCAGCCCAUCCCCACAGAGCAGAGCAGGGCAGGGGGGGCACAGGGGUGUGCUGCUUGGAUCACUCACGAGGCCUGCUGGCCAGGGAAACAAGAGAACCAACCAGGAGGAAGACUGUGCCGCAGAGAUGGUGUGUUAACAAAAUCGAGAGAUCCCUGGUGAAAAGGACUCCUGUACCAGUAUGUUAGAAGACAAAAUGCAAGAGAAUAAAAAAAAAAAAAAGAAGAAAAAAAAGCUAUAUAAAUAAAAUUAGUAACAGUUGAUAAUGCCUUGACCCCUUCUGGUCUUUUUCCAGUCCUAGUGUACAGUAGAAACCUUUUAAUAUUACGCUUCGGAUGUCUUUAAUAAUACACUUAUUGCAUAGAUCAAUUUAAGCCCUUCAAGUAAAAAUGUAUAAUUUGAUGCCAAAGCAGGUUUGUUUAUUCACAAACAUUACAAGUACACAGUAGAAAUCCUAUUUAAUUGUGUGUACACACCUAAACAAGUGAAAAAAGUCUUUUUUCAUGUGCACUUUUUGCAUUUCUAAAUACAGUAUGUCCAAACGUGUAUAAUUGCGUUUCUUAUAUAAAGUAUAAUAGUGCUGUUAAUAGUAAUAAUAAUCCUCUGAUUUUUAUCAUACCUCUCCGAACCCUUAGCUCAAACCAAACGAUUGCUCUUAUUCAGUGGUACGGGUUGAAGGUUGGAAAGAGGUCUGCUCUUUGGACUUUCUCUGCCUGGAGGGCUUUGACCCCUGCAAGACCAAUGACAAGUACACUGAACAACCCACUGCGCCUGUGACCUGCUUUCUCGAGGUUGCUGUAAAGCUGCUGUAGAAACUUUGUUCUGAGGGUUGGUGGCGCAUUCAGCCUUCAAACAACUCUGACUAAUUCCUGUUUAUUAGAGAUGCAGAAGCUGCUCCUUGUUUCCCUGUCUGUUUUCUAUCUAAAUCAGAUGUGCUGGAAACUUUAAAAAAAACAAACAAACAAAAAAAAAAAACAAACAAAACAAACAAACAAAAAACAACUAAAAGCACAAGAAAAAAAAAUCAAUUUGAUUCCAAUAUAGCUUCUUUUAAAAAUGUUUUAAAUAUACAUUUAAAUGGACUUUGCAACAUUAAACAAAACACACAUAUUAAAAACCUUUCUUGCUUCCUUGCUGAAAAAGUGUAGAAGCAAAUAGAUAUAUAUAUAUAAAUGUACACCGUGACAUUGAUGUGAUACAACCAUCUUAAACAGUCUGUAUGGGAUUGAAAUUAAAUCCCAUUCACAUUAGUGGUACUGUUUAUUGUUCUUAUUUAAGUGCAUGUGAUAGUAAAGAUGAUGUCAAUGUCACCCAGCUUGGAUGGUAAUAGCACCCUGUAAUAGAAACACGUUUCUUUGUAUCUGGCUGGAGCCCCAUCUCCCAGUACCAGGGGUCAAGGCAAUAUCAAACAGAGCUGACGUUUUAUAACACAGGCACAAAGAAGUAGACUCUAAAAGCUUUUGUUUUGCACAGUUAUUGUUGCUGUUUUGUGUUUUUUUUCCAUUCAAAAUGGAAUCCAUUGCCUUAGGUCUUUUAAGACUGAAGUUUGGAUCAGUGUCCCGCACUCGGAGACUAAAUGGGGCAGAGAGAUUGGAGGGGACAGGACUCCCAUCAGACCAGCACAGUCGCUGCCAGCGCUCCACGCUGGUAUAACAUUGCAUGGAUAAGGAUGCCAAAGGAUAACACGAGCCACACAUAAUAUACAAGAAAAAAAAACUUACCCAUUACAGCACUGACUACAGGAAUGCAAUACAACCCUACCGGACGUGCGCGCGUGUGUGUGUGUGUUCUGUAUGUCUGAUAGUCUUGUCUUUUUCAUUCAAUCAGUUUGUAUGUUUUAUGUAUACAGGGUGUUUCAGAAGUUACAAAAGGCCACACAAAGAUGUCCUGUUGUUCGCAAGUAUUUCAAAUGGUAAGCUGAGGCACGAUCUCUAUGUUGGAGCAGGUGGGUGCCACACAAAAACAUAUUGUGUGUGUGUUUGGGUAAAUGGGUUCGUAGAUUCUGUAUUGGCAUGAUGUAAAUCUAAACUGCUGUAGGAUUAUACAAAGGGCUGUGAGACUCCAUUACCAGGCGUAAUGUGUAGACAGUGUCAGUCUGUCUGCCUGUGUGCGUUUGUCUGUCUGUUGCCCCAGUUCACGGUGGCUGUGAACCGCGCCCUCAUUUCUCUGCUUCACAGACUUUGUGUUAACAGGAUAAUUGUGCACCCAGACUGACUAAGGGAAUCCGACCAGACCAAAUGGAAAAGGUCUGACUGUUGUGGGCCUUGUCCUGUGUUUGUUCAUCAGUGACUGUUAGGGUAGGUGUACAGUACUGUACAUGGAAGCAGCCAGGCCACGCUUAUCCUGGGCAAUUCUAACCCUGUCAUCUUUAGCAGGGCAACCUUAACCCCGGCAAGGGAUCGCUGCACUGCAUGGGCCCGCCCUGCGAUUUUAAAGAGCUUGACUACUGAGGCCUUUCAGACACGUGUAAAUAUGUACGUAUACAAACAUUAUAUUCUCAACUGAGAAGCAAAUAAUCGUAAGUGAAGAAUUGCAACCUUUAUUAUAGGAAAUGUGCUUUUUGUUUUUUCUCUUGAGUUUGUUUAAUUUUUUAUUGCCUAUUUGUACUUGUGACCUUAGCACCAGGCCUUAGUUUGGCAAAUGUGUGGCCGAGGAAGAAUACAAAGUCAACUGGAAACUUUGCAAUGCUGCUUGAAGGAUGUAAUCUGGUGGUGUGUGUCCCAGUGACACUUGCAUUUCAUGUUAACCCAUUAAGUACCAAACACAAUUUUCUUUGAAAACUUUUGCAGUUAACACAAUUAGAAUAAGUUAUGAUAACAAUAUAGUGAAAGAUCAUUAAAAUAACAGGAAGAUGCCAGUCAAAAAUGCUCUGGAAAAAUUCAAGUAGCCUGUCCUCAAAUACGGACAAUGGCACUUAAUGGGUUAGGCAGGUAAUGCCUAAACUGUUCUAUAGGCCUCAGCUCCAGGGUCAUUUAUUAGCAGGAUUGGUUGCUCUGGUGUCUUAUUGCCCAUUAAUCCAUUUCUGUCGCAGUUUCAUUGUCCCUCUGUAACUGGCUAUUCCACAGCAGCAAAUGCAAAAAGGCCAGCUCACAUUGUGCAUGAGACCACAACCCAUAUUUAAUGAACAAAAAAGAUCACUUUGGAUCAUAAUUUAAUUAAUAUCUCUUCAUUUCAAAAGUAAAUGCAACUGUUCUGCUAAUGGAGAAACAACGAUGAUUACGUGUGUUGUUUUCGGACGUAGUUCCGAAUGCAGUAACGUGCAUCUCUCUGUUACAUGGAGGUAGGAAUCAAAAGCUGAAAAAUUGUCAAUGUUUCUGGUGGUCGUGUGUGAGUGUGUAAAAUGGUUGUAUAUACAUAUUUUCUCUUGACGUGUAUUUUCUAAAAGACCAUCAAACAUUUUCUGUAGUUUUUCAUCUUUUAUUCCAAGUGUGUGUGUAAUAUGUAGAUACAGUGCUCACCCGUUAUAACGCGCCUCGUUGUAGUGCGGAAUCGGGUAUAACAAGGUAACGUCAUGGCUCCCAUUUUCUCCAUAAUGCCAUUACAGUAGCACUUUUAUACUCGUUAAAGGCGGAACACAAAUAGCACGGUCUUGUAACUAUGCACCCCACUAUAGCGUUAUAAAGGGUGAGCACUGUAUGUAUAAUAUACACACACAGUACAAAGGGAGCAAAGACUCGUUAAGUUUUUUAAUUACAAGAAUAGAAGUGGACAACUGAGAUUACUGCCUCAGUAGCUUUAUAUAGGUACAUUUUAUGCAUUUUUGUGUUUGUUUUUGUAGAGGUAAUAACCUCUCCUGCAUUGUGACUAAUUUCUACUGUGAGUGCUUGUAUAGCCAGAAAAUGAAACUGAAGAUAAAUAAGAAAGAUUGAGCAUUUGCAUAAAGAUCAGAUUGCCAUUCCCAUGAAUUUGUAAAAGCUGCCGAUCAUUGUUUUCCCCCAUAACUGAAGUAUGAAUCACUUCUCUAUUGAGCCCUUCCAGAAGAACUCUAAACUAGCUGUACUAGGAGCUCAGUGCAGCCACACAAAAUGCACACUUUACUUAAAUACUGAAAAUGUCAGUUGGAAAUUAAGCUUUCACAGGGUCUGUGUAAUUAAUAAAUAAUAAUAAUACUUGAUUUAUUAUUGGGACUAGAUUGUGCAGCAGAUUCAUUCACAAGCCUUGCACUUUAAACCUUUGCUUUCAGAUUUAGUUGUAUUAUUAUUUUGUGUAAUUGUAUCCCCUUUUCUGCACAUUAAAUUCACAAGUAACAAGCAUAAUCUCUGGCCCUAUUGCUCUGUGCUGCUGAUUUCCAGGACUUCCGUUUACUGGCUAUACAACCAAUUGAUUUCUUCUGACUUUCUAUGCACAUUAGAUACAUUUUAACACAUGUAUUCAUUCUGUAGUUCCUACUGAUGUUUUGUAACAGCCUUGCGUGUUUGUGUGAGUUCCCAAAUAUACCGUGCAGUUCCCAAAUUUAAUUUUUUUUUUUUUUUUAUCCCAUCUGAUAUGAAGUCAGUUUGAAUAGUGCCCCCAAAAAUCUGCAACAGAAAGAUGAAUGAAAAAAAUCUGUAGGGGAGGUGCAAGCCCUUUCUACACAGUGCAUGAAGUAGUAUCCCUGCUGCAUGCUGUACACUACUGGUAUUAAACACCAUAGCCAUGGUGAAAUUGCCAGCAGUACUACCAGCUUUCUGCAGCAUGUCCAAAUCAAGAAAGCAAUCAUACAUGACAGGGUGUUCCAAUAUGCGAUUGCUUUAUAAACUGGCUCCUCCCCACCCUUAUGCUGGCAUUGUGACAUCUGCACAGGUCGGAACACUUGUUAGCCAAUCAGGUUGCUCCCUCUAUUCUUGCCAUUUUAUAAAUCAAAGAGCAGACUGUCUAUCGGCUUGCAUACAUAUUGAACAGUGCUGCUGUUCAAUACCGACUCACAAAUAGUAAUGUAUGAUACUCGCUGUUCUGUGUAAUGCAGGGCUUUAUUUUACCUAUGAGAAUGCAAUUUGAUCAUCUCAGCCAUGUGCCAUCUUAUAAAGGAAGAUGGAUAUUUAUUCCAUAUUGCCACAAACUUGUGUCUUUCAAAAUAUGGAAAACAAAUUGCUUCAUAUGAAAAUUAACAAUAAAAAAGUGAUCUAUAAUUCAAGGAUGGUAGAACAGAAUUGUGUACAGUAUGCUGGACACAGCUGGAUGCUUAAUCCAAACUACAUGUAAAAACAGGAGCAAGAAAAAGACUUAAGACCCAUUCCCGAUAGCUAAAAAAGAUAUUGGAUUAUAUUUCAUAUGAGCAGAAGAGAAUAACUAAAAAUGCACUCGUAUGCAGCAUGGGCCACUGGAUCUUACCAAUGCAAUCAUGAACUUCAUCCAAGGAACCGAGCAGGACUGGCCUCGACCUGGAUCCCAAUCUGAAAGGGUUAGCCUGGGACAGGAGGCGCAAGGGAAGGGAAAUCCUUCCACACCUGGCCCUUAAAAUUAACCAAUUCAGCCUCCCUCCAGACCUUGAAGUAGUUCAUUGUAUAAUUGUACCUGUUAAACGGAGUGGAGUGGCCCUCCAGGACUGUGAUUGGACACCUCUGGGCUAAAUGAAAAACCACUUGAGCUGACCUUGUGUUAGUAGCUCAGCCCCACAAACCCCUGCAGAACAGACAGCUGUAGAAACAGACACCUGGCCUGCAGCUCGCUGCCAAGACAGGAAGCAAAGCCAGCCCCGUACAGCAUGGCGCAAGCGGAGAGGAGAAGGUCGUUGGAAAGCCCUGGCAGCUUAACUGCACUUCAGAUUGGGGAGGGAUUUCAUUUUAUUUUGAUUGUUUUGUUGGUUUUUAAAUGUUGCACAAAACCAAUACUGUAAUCUACAUGUACUCCACAGAUGUAAUGUGGGCUUGUGUUGCCUAAAUAUUAAAGACCUAUGGUAAGAGACUGUUGGAGGA